AUGGGGACCAUAGAGUUUCCAGAGAACGUGAAGUCGAGGUCAGAUUUCAAGGACAUCAUGCCACCAAGAAGAGCAGCUUCUUCACAAAACAGUCAGGCUAAUGAUGAUGUACCUCCAGUUGAGGGUUUGCCUCCUGUUGAACGCCAAGCUCGAGCUGCUGGGACUAAUGUUCAGGGACAGUCUUCAUCUUCUAGGGGUAGCUCUUUUGAUGACUUCAAGAAAUUGGGUCCUCCUUACUUUUCUGGUGCUACAGAUCCCACAGAGGCAGAGGCUUGGAUCCUUAAGAUGGAGAAAUUCUUUGGUGUAAUAGAUUGCUCUGAGGAGCAAAAAGCCUCUUAUGCAGCUUUUAUGUUAGAUAAAGAGGCAGAUCAUUGGUGGCGUAUGACUAGGAGACUUUUGGAGGAUCAGGGACCCAUAACAUGGAGACAAUUUCGGGAGGCUUUCUACAAGAAGUAUUUCCCUGACAGUGUUAGGCGGCAGAAGGUGGGAGAGUUUAUUCGUUUGGAACAGGGGGAUAUGACUGUGGCUCAGUAUGAGGCCAAAUUUACAGAGUUAUCACGUUUUUCCCCACAGUUGAUUGCUACAGAGGAGGAAAAGGCAUUAAAGUUUCAGGAUGGAUUGAAGCCUUAUUUGAAGAACAAGAUAUCUAUUCUGAAGCUUGGUGUCUAUUCAGAGGUUGUUGAUAGAGCCCUUAUAGCAGAGAAAGAUAAUGAGGAGCUUCAUCAGUAUAGGGAACAGCAAAGGAAGCGAAAUAGAAGUGAUGGUGCUCAUGGUAAUCAAGCACAGCGAAGGGCUACAUCAGGAAGAAAUCAGAAUAAAGGGAAGCAGCGCAGAAUUUGGAUGGGAUUUGUCCUACUUGUGCAAGGACAUUUGAUCAGAGAUUGUCCAGAGAAUAGGAAGUUCAUCACUGGGAAGCCUAAAGAGGAAAAUAAGGAGGAUAAACAGAAACCCAAAGCCCAAGGGCGGGUGUUUGCAAUGACUCAUCGAGAUGCUCAGGCCACUUCUGAUGUGGUGACAGUAUCUUUUGCUGGUUUGUUGGGUUGCCUGUUGCUAGCAUGGACUUUGAUUUGA